AUGUCAGUGUUAGAAACUAUACCUGAAAAGUACAUUGUACUCUUUGUUACCCUUUUUAUUACAUUUCUACAAUUGACUGCCAACUUUUAUAUAUUGGGUCCAGCUUUGGGUGGUUGGUUUUCCCUUAGAGCACAAAAAGUUCUUUCGCCAUUGACUAUAUCACUCGUCAGCCUUUACGUCAAUUAUUAUCUGGCUUGCAAAACCAGUCCAGGCUAUGUUCCUGAAGGCUGGGAACCACCAAAAGAACUUCUCGAAUACGAUGAAGAAUUACCUGUAGGAUAUACAGGGCCAAGGUUUUGUAAAAAAUGUGAUAGCUACAAACCACCAAGAGCUCAUCAUUGUCGGCAUUGCGGCCGCUGCAUUUUAAGAAUGGACCAUCAUUGUCCUUGGAUUGGCAACUGUGUUGGCUUUGGCAACUAUGCGUAUUUUGUCCGCUUUGUAUUUUCGGUUGAAAUCAGUUGUACCUACGGCAUUUACUUACUACUAUGGCGGCUGCAAAGAAUUUUAGAAGCUUGGAAUAACAUGUGGGUAUUGGUGAAACCUAGUCUAAGGGAAGCAAUGCUCAGUAUUUUUGUUAUUGUUUGUGCUGGUAUUGUUACUCUUGCGGUUGGAGUCUUAGCCAUUUAUCACACAUAUUGUUUGAUCAAAGGACAAACCACAAUUGAAGGUUCGGAAAGGACAAAAACGAAAAGGUUGAUUCGCAGAGGAAAAAUUUAUCCUGUUGUCUUCCCCUUUGAUGUGGGAUUUUAUCAAAAUAUCUGUGAUGUUUUGGGCAAUAAUCCUUUAUUAUGGUGGUGGCCAUCGCCCUGUCCAGGCGAUGGAAUAAGCUACCAUGUCAAGCCACAUACAGGUAACAGAAACAAACUUGAUAAGCAAAUGUUGAUUACUGAUCAUUACUGUGCUUUUUCCCAGACCCUUUACUUGUUUAUAGUUGGCCACCAAGAGAUCCAGCUUCUUUAG